AUGAAUACAACUACUACAGUAAGUUGGGCUGAAUCUGCAAACGAGCAAGAAAAACUUUUAAACAAGAUUUCUAACGUUGCGCUCAAAGAUCAAACCAGUAAUGAUGCAAAAGAAAAUAAAGAGAAUUCGAAUAAAGUACCUGAAGAAGAAUCUCCUGAUGUAAUAUCUGCUGCUGAAAAAUCAUUUUUGCAAAAAAUAAUUAGAAAAGGAUUGGUAGAGAAUAAAAAUGAUAUAGAGGUACAGAGGAAGGAUCCAAACUCUCCAUUGUAUUCUGUUAAAUCGUUUGAAGAAUUACAUUUAAAGCCUGAAUUGCUUAAAGGCUUGUACACAAUGGGUUUUAAUACGCCUUCAAAGAUACAGGAAACAACAUUACCAUCUCUUUUGGCAGAUCCUCCAAUUAAUUUAAUAGCUCAAUCUCAAAGUGGUACUGGAAAAACGGCAGCAUUUACAUUGGCAAUGUUAAGCAGAGUAGAUGCGACUAAAAAUUACCCUCAAGUACUUUGUCUGAGUCCGACAUAUGAGUUAGCCAUUCAAACAGGUCAAGUCGCUUCAAAAAUGGGAGCAUUUUGUCCAGAUAUAUUGAUAAGAUAUGCAGUUAGAGGAGAAGAAGUUCCUAGGGGUACUAAAUUAAAAGAACACAUUAUUAUCGGAACACCUGGUAAAGUUUUGGAUUGGGGAUUAAAAUAUAAAUUUUUCGACAUGUCCAAAAUCAAAGUGUUUGUCCUAGACGAAGCCGACCUCAUGAUUUCUACUCAAGGUCAUCAAGAUCAAGUACUCAGGAUAAGAAAAUUUUUGGGAGAAAAAUGUCAAAUGAUGUUGUUUUCAGCGACUUACGAACAGGAAGUUGUUGAAUUUGCCGAAGGAAUAUUUUUAAAUCCAAUGAUUUUAAGUUUGAAAAGGGAAGAAGAAAGUUUAGAUAAUAUAAAACAAUAUUAUGUUAUGUGUAAUAGCGAAAAGGAUAAAUAUCAAGCUAUAAUUAACAUAUACGGAGUUGUUACCAUAGGGCAAGCGAUGAUAUUUUGUCAGACUAGAAAAACGGCGAGUUGGUUAGCCGAACAUAUGUCCAAGGAUGGUCAUGCUGUUGCCAUGCUGUCGGGUGAAUUAACUGUUGAACAAAGAAUAGCCGUAUUAAAUAGGUUUAGAGAUGGAAAAGAAAAGGUUCUCAUAACGACAAACGUUUUAUCAAGAGGUAUUGAUAUCGAACAAGUUACGAUCGUCGUUAAUUUCGAUUUGCCGAGAGAUCCCAACGGGAAACCAGAUUACGAAACUUAUUUGCAUCGAAUCGGUCGUACGGGAAGAUUUGGAAAAGCCGGAUUAGCAAUUAAUUUGAUACAGGAUCAAAGCGACAUGGAAGUAUUAAAAUCAAUCGAAAAUCAUUUUCAAAAAAAAAUUACUUUACUCGAUACGGAAGAUGCAGACGAAAUAGAAAAAUUACAAGAUUGA